UAUACUUUUCUAAAUUAUUGAUAAACACUGAGAAAGCAAGUUAAACAUACUAUGAAAUAUAUCUCUGCUUAGAUUUAGAGUUACAAAUAUAGGAUAUAUCAAAAACUUAAGAAAAUCAAUAUGAACCUGGUACUAAGUGAUACAAACAAGUACUAUAGUACAAACCCAUCUGACUACGGAACAGAAAUCGCUAAGUUGACAUGUAGAUAGAAAACAAUAUGGAAAUCUUAACUACUGGAAGAAAACCAUCACAACUAUGUCCAAGUACAAAUAUGCCGAUUUCUUACAUUAGACCAUUAACACUGUGCCGAGAUAACAGUAGGCACAAUUUGAUGCCUUGGCGCCCUAGUAUAGAAUAUAAAAAUGUUAACAUUCUACCUCUAGUUACAAGAUCAUCGCCUAACUAUGUAUUAAAUACAGAAAACGCAAAUUCGUUAAGAUUCCCGAAUUUAGUAUCAGGGUAUGGUAGAGAUUCAGUAAAUUCGAGAACUACUCUUUAUGCGCGAUGCACACCUGAUGAAUGGUACGAUAAGCAAAUCAAAUAUUAUAACGAAGCAGAUUUAUGCAGACAUUUCUCGGAAAGGGUACGAAAUGAUUCUGUACGAAUUAUCAGAGAUGCUGAAGAAAAAGUGCAAACUGGCCAGUACGAUACUGGUAGAAGACUUGGCGAAAGGAUAAACGACAUUAAUUUUUGGCGAAACGAAGUUGUAUCAGAAUUAGAAAGACUUUAUCAACAAAUAGAAAGACUUCAAGAUUGUCGGUCUACUUUGGAAAAGGCUAUCAAAGAUAUCGAGGGUCCGUUACACAUUGCAGAGGAGUGCCUCUAUCAUAGGGAAGCUAGGAAAGGUAGUGAACUCGUUCAUGACGAUUCGGAAAAAUGUUUGUUAAGAGAAGUGGAAAUCCUGAAUCAAAAUAGGAAAAAAUUAGAAGCUUGUUUAGAUGAAUGCAAGAAUCAGUUACGAGAAUGUAGAACCUCCCAAUGUCACUUGGAGUUGGACCUAAAAAAUAAAGAAAAUGCGUUAGGGAUAGACACAAUGUGUCAUCAAUUAAACAAUUACAGUCACGGAUUGCAAUAUUAUUCUGGGGUUGAAAAAUAUGACUCAUGUUUCUCUGAACGAGACACAUGGAUGGAUUCUACUAACCGAAUAAUUGAAAGAUCACAGCUAGAGAGAAAUAACUCUUGUCAAUUAAUAACAAAUGCAGAAGCUCUUAUGAACAAAGUUGCACAAGAAAUGUGGGAUGCUUGGAAUACUACAAAUACCGCACUGACACAUAGGUCAUCAGAAUUACUUGAGGCUAAGAAUAAACUUCAACACCAUUUACAAAAGGUGGCGCAGGAAAUUUUUGAUGUUGAAAAAAACUUAGAAUUAAUGCGUAAAGCCAUUGCAGAUAAAAGUUAUGUACUAAAAGUAGCGCAUACUAGGAUGGAGGCCAGAAUGCAUCGCCCGGAUAUGGAACUUUGCCGUGAUUGCGCGCACACAAGUCUCCAGAUGGAAAUCAGCGAAAUAAAUCAUCAAAUAGAAAAGAUGUAUAAAGCAUUGGAAGAACUAGUGAAUCAACAUCAGAAGUUAUUGAAAACGCGGACAAUGUUGGAACAAGACCUUGCACUAAAAAUCGAUGCCAUUCAUAUUGAUCGAGAAAAAGUUUAUGGUUUUAGGCGCGCAUAUCCAAUAAAUGUAUUGUUCAAAUUUUAAUACUUACAUAUAUACAACUAGAAACAGUUUUCAUUCAUCAGUAGUUCAUCAUU